AUGGCUACAUUGAUGAAGCGUCCAGAUGAGAUCCGAAUUCUCACGGCCAAUGGCAUGCUAGGAUACGGAUACAAGCUCAAUCAUUUCUGGUUUGGCGUUCAUGAAUACCGGCCUGACGCCAUCGUCAUCGAUUCUGGCAGCACGGAUGGGGGACCUUUCAAGCUGGGCAUGGGUCGGAAGACUGUUGCUGAUGAGUCCUACAUCCGCGACCUUACGCCUUUCAUUACAGCCUGCGCUCAUUAUGGCAUGAAACUUCUAAUCAGUAGUGCUGGUGGCGCCGGAAGCAACAAGCAUGUGGCUGAGAUUCUCGCUAUCGUUAACAAGAUCAUCGAGGACAACGGUUUCAAAUUCAAUAUUACCACAAUCGGUGCCGCGGUGCCCAAGGAACUCAUCCGGCAGAAGCUUGAGGAUGGCAAAAUUAGCCCCUGUGGCCCGGUUCCUCCUCUCACCAAUGAGGAUAUCGACUCAGCCGUCGACGUCGUUGCGCAAAUGGGGCAUGAGCCUUUCAUUAAAGCUCUCCAGGAGGAGAAGCCCGACAUCAUCGUUGCUGGUCGCUCAUACGACCCGUCGCCAUUUGCAGCGUUCUGCAUGAAUCUAGGCAUAGAACAGGCGCCCGCGUUUCAUCUAGGCAAGAUCCUCGAAUGUGGUGGGAUGUGUGCUAUACCAAAAGGGCCCUCAAUGAUUGCUACGGUACGCAAGGACUCUUUUGACCUGACGCCCUUGAAUCCUAUUGCGAGAUGUACACCCCUCUCGGUAGCAGCACACUCGCUCUACGAGAAGACAAGACCAGAUCGGCUUCCUGGCCCGGGAGGUGUGCUCCAUCUGGAUCAAGCUCAAUAUAAAGUGCUAGAGGAUGGCCGAACAACUCGCUGCUGGGGUUCUCGCUUCGUACCUACUCCGACGUAUCAAAUCAAGCUGGAAGGUGUGUCUCCCGUCGGCCACCGAGCAAUUUUCAUCGGUGGCUUCCGAGACCCCAUCCUUAUCUCCCAGCUUGAUGACUUCCUCGAGCAUCGUGUACGAAACUAUACGCGGGGUCUUUUCCCAGAGCUGGAUCAAUCCGAAGACUGUCGACUCAUUUUCCACGUCUAUGGACGGAACGCCAUCAUGGGACCCUUAGAACCACACUCCGUGCCUGCCCACGAAGUUGGUGUUCUCGGCGAGGUCGUUGCUCCUACGGCAGCGAAAGCCAUGGCCAUUUGCAACAGUGCCCGGGUCUGCUGCCUGCACCUAUACUACCCCGGCAUCCUUGCUACUUCGGGGAACCUUGCCAGCCCUUUAACUCCACUUGAGCAAGACGCCGGUGCUGUGUUCAAAUUCAGUCUCUAUCACUUGAUGGAGAUCGAUGACCCGACCGAUCCAAUCAUCUUCCCGAUCAAGUCCUCAAGCGUCGGAUCUGGCACGUUCUCGAAGGAUGACACCUUUGGGAAGCAGUACUACAACCGCGACGACUUUCUGAACGUGUCCCCAGAAGAGAUCACGACUAAGUCUGUUCCGUCCGGUCUCACUACGAUGAAAGAUGUGGCAAGCGUCGUGCGAUCUAAGAACAGUGGACCUUUUGAGUUGACUUUUGACAUCAUGUUUGAUGAUGAGAAGCAUUAUCAGCGCGUCAAGAAGGCCAAUGUUCUCACCAAUGAGACUAUGAAGACGUUAUAUCAGAUCAAAGAUGAAGACAUCGUUGUCAACAUGUAUUUCGAUCCAGCACUCGCAUGGAAGUGCACAAUCAGACGGCCGUGGGCACAGGGAAGUGUGGGCGAGCGUGACACUCUGGGAACUGCACAACACGCACCUCUAUUGUCCGUUUCUGUGCCUGCUGCUGAGACAUGA